GUAGCAAAUGCCGGUUUAAAAGGAGACGUAAAAUAGACAGCUGUUUGGCUUCUUCAUCAAAUCGUUUUUGUGUUGUUGUUUGACGUAUAUUAAGGUGUUUAGUUGGAAAUAAUAAUAUUUUUGUUGUUUUCGUACGUAUAUUCUGCAACAAUUCAGCAGAAUGUUAAAAAUUGUAAUUUUUAUUGCAAUUAGCUGUUUCAUAGCCCACUCCUUGGGAGUAUUUGUACCUCCCAGACAUGAAACUAAGAAGAAGAUCCAUCUUCUUGGAGAAAAGGAGUGCACCUAUGGACCAUCGUAUUGGUGUCAAAAUUUAACAAAUGCUGCUGACUGUCAUGCUACUAAACAUUGCAUCCAAACAGUAUGGAUUCACAAGCAACUACCUCCAGACACAUCAAAUAUCUGCGAUACAUGCAAGCAGAUGGUUGAGCAGGCUAGAGAUCAGUUGGAAAGCAAUGAAACUCAAGAACUAAUCAAAGAAGUCUUUGAAGGAUCAUGUGCACUUUUACGCGUUAAGCCCAUCGUUAAGGAAUGUGAUAAAAUCGCUGAUGAAUAUAUCCCCGAUUUGGUUGAAACUCUUGCAUCUCAGAUGAAUCCACAAGUUGUUUGCUCAGUAGCAGGUUUAUGUAACAAUCCAAGAAUCGAGAAACUCCUAGCAGAGAAUAGCAAGGAAGUGGCAACUAAACCGACAGAAUCCAUCGCAAGAAAUCGUUGUGACGAUUGUAACACCGUCAUGGAUAUUGUAGUAGACAAAUUCAAUGGUUUAAAUGAAAAUGAAUUCUUAAAUUAUUUAUUAGAGAUGUGCGGUAAAUUGAGCAGUUAUUCAGAUUCCUGCAGCAACAUUAUUGUUAAAUAUUUCGCCGAUAUUUACGCAUUCCUUAGAUCAAGACUUAACGCCAAUGAUGUCUGUUUACUCUCUGGAGAAUGUUACGUCAAUUUCCAUAAGCAUGAUGUAGAAAUUACACCUAUGUCAAAGAUAGGUUAUGUAAAACCUGAAAACAAGGACGAUUUACCUUGUGAAUUAUGUGAACAACUCGUUAAACACCUUCGAGAUAUUCUAAUUGCCAACACUACCGAAACGGAAUUCAAGGAAGUAUUGCAGGGUCUCUGUAAACAAACUCAUGGUUUCAAAGAUCAGUGUCUCAGCAUUGUCAAUGAGUAUUACGGACUGAUUUACAACUAUCUGGUAGAUUCAUUAAAUGCAACAGAAACUUGCAAUCUGAUUGGAAUUUGUCCUUCAAGCCAGAAAAAACCACAUAUCAUUGCCCCUCUACUGUUCGAUGAUCAAGCAGCAACAGCUAUAAAACUGAAGGCACAGUCUGACCAUGUAUAUAUUCCUGAGAAGGAUGUUGUUAUAAAGGUAAUUAAACCCACUCAAGAAUUAACCAUUGGAACACCUGAGCAGAUGCAAUUACCCAUUGAUUUACUCACUCCAGGCCGAAAUGUAUACAGCGAACAACUUUGCAUGUUCUGCCAGUAUUUCCUUCAUUUUGUUCAGCAAGCUAUAAGUAGUCCAUCAGCUGAGGCUGACAUCAAGAGAGUCAUUGACGGUGCCUGCUCCAAAUUGCCCAAAUCCGUUAACGAAACAUGUUACGAAUUCGUCAACACCUACGAACCUGCCAUGGUCGCCAUUUUGGCGCAAGAGAUUGACCCUUCGCAGGUGUGCCCAAUGCUCAGAGCUUGCCCAUCGGACAAAGUUAAAGACGUCGACGUGUUCAUGAACGCCAAAUCGUCUGACAAAUGUCCCUUCUGCCUGGCCAUAGUUACUGAAAUUGAAUCGUUAGCCAAAGGCAAAACCAGCAAGGCUGAAAUUAAAGCUGCAUUGGACAAGGCCUGCAACCAUUUACCUGGUAACCUUAAAGGCGAGUGCACAGAUUUUAUCGACACGUACACCGACGAACUGGUUGAGAUGAUCAUAGCUGACUUUAAACCCGCCGAAGUCUGUGAAUAUUUGAAAUUCUGCAACGACACCACACCUGCUUCGGAUUAUAAAUCGCCCGAAGUUGUCGUUUAUGGAGGAGAUACAGAAACAAAUGCUAUUUUUGAUGACACAUUUAAUGGAAAGCCUAUCGAACAUCUUGGCGAUGAAACAUGCGUUUUAUGCGAAUUUAUCAUGAAGGAACUGGAAAACGAAUUGAAAGAUAAGAAAACUGACGACGAAAUCAAAUCUGUUGUGCAUAGCAUCUGCAAAGUGCUGCCUCAGUCAAUCAGGUCCCAGUGUGAUAAUUUCGUGGACCAGUAUGCCGAUGCCAUCAUUAUUUUAUUAGAAGAAUCUCUGGAACCAAGUCAAAUUUGUGCCAUGAUGAAACUUUGUACCAAACCAAAUGAUUCAAUAAAAUUAAUAAGAGAUGAGGUGUCUAAUUGUGGUGUUUGCAUAUCAGCAGUAGACAUCAUUAAAACCAUAAUGGAAAAUCCCAAAAUCGACCGCAACAUCCAACAUGUUUUUGAAAAAACUUGUCGUGGCAUGCCAUCAGACCAAAAGUCAGCGAUAUCUCAAAACUUUAUGCUUUGCAACUAUGAAGACGACUCUGAAAUAGACUGUCCAACAUCUGAAGUGACAUAUUUUCUUCAAUUUAAAUAUCUAGUCGAAGAUUUUCUACAAAGAAACUUAUGUUUUAUUUUUAACCAACAUAGAGCCAGCCAAUCAAAGUCUGCAAUUUCAAGCGCCGACGAGGAAAUAAUCUCCCAAAAUGGCUGGAAUAGUGCCGAAAAUUCUUUAGAGAAAUUAGACGAUCCAAUAGAAUGUUUGCUCUGCAAAGAAGUUGUGAAGGAAGUUGAGAAGGAGAUCAAAGGACCUAAAACUAAAGAGAAAAUCCAAGAAGCGUUACAAAAAGUAUGUAGCCACUUGCAUAAACUUAAAAACUGCAGCAAGUUUGUAAAUAAAUAUUCCGACAAGUUGAUUGAUUUAAUUUUAAAGUAUGAAAGUGCAAAAAUAGUGUGUUCGCAAUUGGCUUUAUGCUUAUCUGACGCUGUUGAUUAUGAUGACAGAUCAUCAAAAUUGUUAUCAUUGUUCUAUAUGGAUGAUGAAGUAGUCAAUUCUGGGAAUAGUUGGAACAAUGCUGAAAACUCUUUAAAGAUACUAAACAACCCAAUAGAAUGUCUGCUGUGCAAAGAAGUUGUUAAGGAAGUUGAGAAGGAGAUCGAAGGUCCUAAAACUAAAGAGAAAAUUGAAAAAGCUUUACUAAAAGUGUGCAGCCACUUGCAUAAACUUAAAAACUGCAGCAAGUUUGUUAAAAAAUAUGGUGACAAGUUGAUUGAUUUAAUUUUAAAGUAUGAAAGUUCAAAAAUAGUGUGUUCGCAAUUGGCUUUAUGCUUGUCUGACGAUGUUGAUUAUGAUGACAAAUCGUCAAAAUUAUUAGUAUCGUUCUCUAUCGACGAUGAUGUAGUUGAUUCGGGGAAUAGUUGGAACAAUGCUGAAAACUCUUUAGAGGUAUUAAACAACCCAGUAGAAUGUCUGCUGUGCAAAGAAGUUGUUAAGGAAGUUGAGAAGGAGAUCGAAGGUCCUAAAACUAAAGAGAAAAUCCAAAAAGCUUUACUAAAAGUAUGCAGCCACUUGCAUAAACUUAAAAACUGCAGCAAGUUUGUUAAAAAAUAUGCCGACAAGUUGAUUGAUUUAAUUUUAAAGUAUGAAAGUUCAAAAAUAGUGUGUGCUCAGUUGGCUUUAUGCUUAUCUCAUGCAGUUGAUUUUGAUGACAGAUCGUCAACAUCUUUAGAGUUGCAUUAUACGAAUGCCCAGAUAGGUGAAUUAGACUCUCCCAGUGAUAAUGGAGGUUUAAACAAUCUUUUAGACUGUAUGUUAUGUAAAGUUGUAGUAAAAGAAGUACUGAAAGAAGUCAAAAAGAAUAAAACCAAGGAAAAUAUACAGAAAGCCCUGCUUAACGUAUGUAAACACUUGCACAAAUUUAAAAAGUGUAGCCAGUUUGUUAAAAAGUAUUCAGUAAAAUUAAUUGAUUUUAUUAUUAAAUAUGGUGGUGCUUCUGAAAUCUGUUUAAUUUUUUGUAUAUCUCAAGAUUCUAACUCUGAUUCUAAUUUUAUGAUUGAGAUGACCAAUGACAGAUUGCAAAUUUCAAAUCUUGAAGAUUCCGUUCAGUGUGAUUUAUGCAAAAUUCUGCGAAUUGUAUUUAAAAUGUUAGAGGGUUCAAAGAGCAAGGCAAAAAUUCUAAGAGCACUAAAUGACGUAUGCAAAUUUUAUAAUAAAUCUAAUGAAUGUAAAGAAAUUAUAAAAACAUACUCAGAGAAGUUAACCGAGCUUAUUAUUAAUUAUAAUAGUGCCGAAGUAUUAUGUUCGAAUUUGAGAACUUGUAACUCAAAAGGAUUUCAAUAUGAUAGCGAUGAACAGGUUUUAAACAGCAUCUCAGUAAUUGAUGCCGAAGACUUUACUAAUGGCAAUGGUAAUCAAGUUGAACCUAAAGACAAUAUUUCCUGGAACUCUAGUUAUAUAUCGACUCGAAUUGUUUGUGAUAUGGUACUAAAUAAACAGUUUACUAUUUUGAAGUCCAAUAUUAAAGAAGAAAUGUACUAUAAACUUGUGAAUUACUGUGUUUUGAGUAUUUAAAGAGCAUCAUUAAGUAUGAUGAACAGCAGACAAAUCUGCAUCUAAUUUUUGAAUUUUUAUUUUUUUAUAUGAAUCCUACAACAUAAGUAGGUGCUACAUCUUAUACGUGUAAACAUUUUAUUAUAAAAUUUAUAUAAUAAAUAAAUAGUUUCAUGAUUUUGUAAA